GUCGGCUCCACCGCGCGGCUCCGCGCCCACGAGCGCCUCCACGGGGCUCCCCCCCCGGACCCCACCGCCCCCCUCCCCCCGCCUUCCUCCCCAUCCCCCUCCUCCUCACCCCCCCAACCGCUGCCCCCUCCCCCACCUCCCCAGCGCCGCGCGGCCGCUUCCAAAACCUUCGAGUGCCCCGACUGCAAGAAGCUGUUCAGCACCGACACCUCGCUGCAGGUUCACCGCCGCAUCCACACGGGCGAGCGGCCGUACCCCUGCCCCGAGUGCGGCAAGGCCUUCCGCCAGUCCACCCACCUGAAGGACCACCGGCGGCUGCACACCGGCGAGAAGCCGUUCCGCUGCCAGGAGUGCGGCAAAGCCUUCGCCAUCGCCGUGCGCCUGGCCGAGCAUCGCCGCAUCCACACCGGGGAGCGGCCGUACCGCUGCGAGGCCUGCGGCAAGGCUUACCGCUCCUUCUCCAACCUAUGGAAGCACCGCAAGCUCCACCAGCAGCGCCGGGACGGCGGCGCCGACGGACUGCGCGGUGCGGCUGGUGAUGCGGAUGCGCUCCGUGGCGGCGCCGGCGCCGUGGAUGUCCUCCGUGGCGGCGCCGGUGCUGUUGGUGUGCUCCACGGUGCUGGUGGUGCUGUGGACGUGCUGCACGCCGGUGCCGUGGACGUGCUCCGCAGCGGUGCUGAGGUCAUCGCUGCCAUCGCUGACGCUGCUGACGUCAUCGUGGACGCGGCCGACGUCGUCACCGACGGCACCAACGUCAUCGUGGACGCGGCCGGCGUCAUCUCCGACGUCACCAGCGUCAUCACUGUCACCGACGACGGCGCCGGCGCCACCAAUGUCAUCGCCGGCGCUGUUGAUGUCACCGACGUCAUCGCUGACGUCACCCACGUGGUUGCUGACGGCGUGGCUGAUGUCACCGGGGUCAUCACCGACACAACCGGCGUCACCAACGUCAUCGCUGACAUCGCCAACGUCGUCACCGACGCAACCAGCGUCACCGGUGUCAUCGGCGAUGGCGCCAACGGCACCAGAGUCGUCGCUGACGUCAGCAGCGUCAUCACCGAUGGCACCAACGUCAUCCCCAACGCGACCGGUGUCACCGAUGUGAUGGAUGGCACCAGGGUGGUGACUGAUGGCACCAAUGCCAUCAGCGACGCAACCGGUGUCACCGGUGUUGUCAGCGAUGGCACCGACAGCACCGCUGUGAUGAGUGACGUCACCAAUGUCAUCACUGACAUCACCAACGUCAUCACCAACGCAACCAGUGCCACCAGUGGUGGCAGUGUGCUGACCAGCGCCGCCAGCGUCGUCACCGAUGGCACCAACCUCAUCGCUGACGUCACCGGUAUCACCAGUGCCAUCGCUGAUGGCACCAAUGUGAUAACCAACGCCAUCGCCGACGUCGCCAGUGUCACCACCGCCACCAGUGAUGUCACCAGUGUCGUCACCGACGUCAUCACCAGUGGCACCAAUGUAACAAACGUCAUCACUGACACAACCAAUGUCGUCACCGAUGGCACCAGUGUCACCCAUGUCGUCGCUGAUGGCACUCCUGUUGUCACUAGCGGUGUCACCCAUAGCACCCAUGACCCCAGUGGCGUUGCCAAUGGCACCAGUGUCAACAGUGAUGUCACCAACAUCGUCACGGAUGGCACCGCUGUCACCAAUGUGAUCACGGAUGGCACCAACGGCACCAGUGUCACCACUGAUGGCACCAAUGUCACCACUGUCAUCACUGAUGACACCGACAGCACCAGUGUCACCACUAAUAGCACCAAUGGCACCACUGGUGCCACCACUGUCACCAAUGCCAUCUCUGAUGGCGUGCCCAUCAUCACCAGCAUGGCCUCCAGUGGCACCGACGUCACCAACGCCAUCACCAGUGUCACCAACACCGUCACCAACACCGUCACCGACGUCACCACCGACACCAGCGCCGCCCCCCCCGGUGCCCCCCACGCCGUCGGCGCCUACGGCAGCGCCUUGGCCAUCAUGGAGCCCAUGGAGAUCUACCCCGAGGCCACGGCACCGGCGGGGACGGCACCCACAGAUGUGGCCCUUGGGGACGUCCCCGUGGGGGGGGUCUGAGCGAGGGGGGGGAGGGCAGCGUGCCACCUCCCCCAUCCACCCCUCCCCCCCCCAGGGUGGUCCCCACGGCGCCAUUUUGGGGCGUUCUGCCCCAAUUCUGGGGGGGGGACACGACACCCCACGUCACUGCCUUGGGGAUAUUCCUGGUGGGGCCAGUCCCAUUUUGGGGGGAUUUCGCCCCAUUUUGGGGGACAGGAGACGGAUGGAGACCCCAUGUUACCACCGUGGGGAUGUUCCUCGUGGGGUCAGCCCCAUUCUGGGGGGAAUCUGGCCAUAUUUUGGGGGAUUUCACCCCGUUUUGGGGACAGGAGAUGGAUGGAGCAGCCCACGUCAUACCGUGGGGACGUUCCUAGUGGCCCCAGUCCCAUUUUGGGGGGAUUUCGCCCCAUUCUGGGGGACAGGAGACAGAUGAAGGAGCCCAUGUUACCGCCAUGGCGAUGUUCCUGUUGCCCUAAUCCCAUUCUGGGGGGAUUUCACCCGAUUUUGGGGUCAUAAAGAUGGGAACAUCACAUCAACCCAUUGAAGACAUUCUGGUGGCCCCGACCCCAUUGUGGAGGGAUUGUGCCCCAUUUUGGGGUCAGGGUGGGGCUGGAGGACCCCGUCUCACCACGGAGCGGAUAUUCCUGCUGGGGUCAGCCCCUUUCUGGGGGGAUUUCGCCCCAUUUUGAGGUGAUGAAGAUGGGGGAAGUGAUGUCAGCCAGCUGAGGACAUUGCUGGUGGCCGCGGUCCCAUUUUGGGCAGAUUUUGCCCCAUUUUGGGGUGCACCCGAGCUCCCCUCCCUCCCCCCCACUGUCCCUGUGUGCCCCUUUCCCUGGGGAGGGGGAGAGGGGGGGGCAGUUAUCUGCUGAUGCAAUUAAACGCCUGAAAUGGA